UACAAUUGUUCGUUUGCUCACGUGAUUUCCGUUCCGAUACUUAAUAAAUAAUGUAAUUUUCUACAAUGGCAAAUGCGACAAAGUUUGUCGCAUGACACAUUUAAUACUGAAAUGCUGAUCUAAAGAAUUCGAAGCUUUUUCAUUACUAGCGAUACGUUGUUAGUUCAAGUAAAAGAUGGCUACAAUAGAAAAGCUCAUCAAGGCUUUUGAAGCCCUGAAGGUGUUCCAGGGAGCGUCAUCAACGGUGGAAGAAGUUGUCAAGAAAAAGGACCAACCUCUCAGUAAAAAGGACAAAAUUGCUAACUGCAAUCUUAUUGCUGACUGCAUAUGUGCCACAAAUAUGAGAACUGUGUCUGAUUUUCCCAAUUUCCUUGGAGUAGCCAUGGAGACAUUCCUGGCAUUAUGUGAUGACCCUGAGUCAGACAUACGCAUGGUUGCAGAUGAGUGCCUCAACAGGUCCAUCAAGACUCUGUUGGAGACGAACCUGGGUCGGUUGCAAGUGGAGUUGUACAAGGAGAUAAAGAAGAACGGGUCACCAAGAUGUCUGAGGGCGGCCCUCUCCAGAUUUGCUGAGAUGUCUCACCUGAUCAGGCCGCAGAAAUGCAGGCCCUUCAUUGUGAACCUAAUUCCGUGUCUGACAAAGAUCUGCAGACGAGAAGACGAGGGUAUACAGGAGACGCUGCUUCUAUCCAUGAUGAAAAUCUGCCCAGCAUUGAUGGUGUUUGCCACUGAAAUGGAGGUUAAGAUGCUGAUCAAGUCGUUUUUGCCAAACCUGAAGUCCCCAAUGGCGUCCUGUCGACGUGCGGCCGCUACGUGCCUGACUAUCAUCUGCCAACACUCCAGAACACCGCAGACCUUUGUCAAAUUUCUGCUUGACACGCUUAUGGACUCGGUUUUGCCCGUGGAUAGCACGCAGGACAGCCUCAAUCUGGUCGGAGUGAUCAUGUGCCUGCGCAGCCUCAUUCCUAUUGUUGCCGAGCAGAGCCUUGACCUGCAGAGCCGGAAGGAAAGCCUCGGGGAGAAGAAGGGCCAGGCGUUGUGUGCCAUCAGUGGCGAGCAGCUUGUCACUAUGUACCAGCUACUGGUGUUCCACCUGAACCAUUCAGACCACAACGUGGUGACCUCAUGUCUAGAGGCCCUGCAGCAGCUCCUACGCAGCCCUCCCAGCCAACUCCUUCCUGUUAUCACCAGCCCGGACGCAAUCACUCGCACCUUUAUCUACGCCUCCGACCGACCAAAUAAUCACACUAAUGCUCUAUCAGAGAUUCCUUCCACCAGUGAGCUGGCAGUGACCUCUGAGGAUGCUGCCUUGGAGGAGGAGUCAGAAUCAUGUGACAUCAGGAGCCAAUCAGACGCAGCAGAUCGACUUCCUGACCAAUCAGUAUCAGGGAAAGCAGAGGUGACUAAGAUCAGUGGUGCUGAAACGCUUGAAAUUGACAAGGACACUGAUCAGGGGUUAACAAUGAGCUGUGACUCGCAAUACUCUAGUGUUGAGAUUGGCGAUAUCAAUGAAGACAGGUCUGAGCGGUCCAACCUUUCCAGUGUCAACGCCGGAAGUCAAGAAACCUUGCUCAGCGUGAAAAGUUUGAGUCCCACCCACACUGAAAGUUUUACAUCCGUGGUAGGCCAAGACAUGAAUGGUAACCCUGAGAUUUUGGAAAGUCCUCCAGCACCCUUGGAAAUCAGUGACGAGCACCUGCUUGAAAAGCUGGGUCCACAGACUGAGGGUCUCCCAAUCUUGUAUUGCGUGCGGCUACUAUGCGGUCGCUUUCUUCUGACUGGUCGUAAAGCGGAGCUCUUGUCAGAUCGCCGUGUGAGGGUCAGCAUAAAGAGUCUGGCCAUGGGGUGUGUGGCUUCUGCUGUCAAACUCUAUCCAGCUGUGUUCACGGAAAAACUGUUCUUUACUGAGCAAGGCUGCGAGGGUGUGUCGUGUAUCCGAGACGUGCUGUUGUACGCGAGUCACCCUGACCCUCAAUUGAAGGGCAUGACCAGCCAGAUAAUUGGGAAUUUCAUCUCAGCAGCUCUUAAUGAGGGACGUGGCAGCUUCGACCAGUGGCUGAAACAUCAUACCGAUAUAAAACCAGGUGUGUGGUCCCUGGGAGAGCUCAUAGAGCCCCUCCUGUGUAUCGCAGAGGAUAGCUCUUCUGUAGCUGCCCGCCUGGCAGUGGGUUCCCUAGCCUCCAUUGUGCCCCAGCUGCUCCAUAGUUACCAUGGUAAUAUAGCCAUACAGGCUUUGCUGCAGCUUCUCACGGUGAAAGACAACUCUUACUGGCUUGUAAAGGUUGAAAUGCUGGAGCUUGUGCAGUUGUUGGAUUUCAAGGUGAUACAACACUUGGAGAAUACCCAGCCGGUGGCUCAUCAUGGAUAUCUCGGGGGUCUGGAGUUCCAGCGGCACAUUCUUGAAGACCUGGUAUGGCCUUUCAUGGGGGAUGAGGACAUGAGAGUGAGAAAGGCAGCAGCGCAGACCGUUGUAAUACUGAUAGAGAGGCUGUUCUACCCUGUAGACUACCCCCAUCAGGACCCUGUGAUAGCCGUUGCCAGGGACAACACCAACCACUUUCUGUGGCCCAUAAUGCACAGCUGGUGCCUGAGGCCGCCGCCCUCCGUGCAGGGAUUGGUUGAUCCGUACCAUGUGACCCCGGGACAGGUUGUGCAGUCAAGCGUUGAGAGUGUACUCUCCCGCAUUGUGAUGCACCUGCUGCGUAAGCUGAAUUUGGCGACCUCGAAACAUGAACGGGCGGGUUUUAUCCAGUGCCUGUGCAUGCUGUCAGAGCGGUAUGCCACCAGCCUAUACCCCCACGCCUGGGGUUGUGCUGUUCCCAAACCCCUCGGUCAGCGGCGAGCCUCCACAUCUACAGGCUACCGUAGGCCGCCCAGUCGGACAUUGAGCACUUCCAGCACAUUCAGCCUUGAGGAGCUGACAGGUAGCUCCGGGGGUGGGCUGCUACCGACCCUCCUAGCCCUACUGACCUCUACAGGGGUCACGCUGGAUCUGACCUCUCACCAGCAGGCACUACAGUUGGCGGGUAACCUGAUAGCAGGAAGUGCCUACAGAUGUUUAAGGAACCAUGAUUCUGACAGCAAAGCAGACAGCCAAUCAGAAGAUGGGGUGUGGCCUGCUUUAUCCAAUCGUCUGCUUGUACCACUUGUGGACCAAUUGUUGACGCAUGUUGCUAGGGUUCUGAAUGCCUUCUCCCACGUGAUAGAGGAUCAGAGCCCAGGCCCAACUCAAGUGAAGUCCGGGCUCCCCUCCCUGCCCACCGGCACCAACCUGAGCCCCAUCAAGCGUAAGAACAAGACAGAGAAGGAGUCAGGGUCAGCACCCUCCACCCCUGGGGCAGACAACAAGGCUACCCCGAAGUCUGCACAGAAAGAGAAAGAAAAGGAUUCUGACAAGGAUCGUAGUAAGAAAGAAGGGCUGGGGACAUUCUACAUUCUGCCCCACUUUGUCAAGUUCUAUGAUGCCCUAAAAGGGGCAUACUCAAACUAUAAGAUUUCCCUGGACCUGAGCAGCUCAGACAAAUUCUGUCAGCUUCUGAAGACCAGUCUUGCUGUCCUCUCACAAAUCCUCGAGGUUGCCACGCUGUCUGAUGUCGGCAAACACGCUGAAGAGUUUUUGAACUACCUGAAGGCUUCCAUAUCACUUGAGCCCACUGACACCAUACUUUGUGUACAACAGUUACUGAAGGCCCUAUUUGGCACAAACCUAUGCAGCCAGUGGGAGGACAACCAGUUGCUAUCCAGCCCCCUGGGGCGACCCCAUGGGCAUGGCGGGGCCCACGAGGGGCUCUACCAGUGCACCUUCACCCACCCGUACUCCCAGUUCACUCAGUCCCUCGCAGCCGCCACCAUCAAGGCAGUCAGUCCGGACUAUGAGGACACCACUGGCAUGCUGAUGUGGCUUAAGAAGUGUGUGGAGAGAAAGGUGCCAGCCAUUCUGAAACCCAGCAGCAAGGCUGACAAGACAGCCAUAGCUGCAUACAUCAGACUGUUUGAGCCUCUGGUAAUCAAGGCCCUAAAGCAGUAUACAGUCACAAGUUCUCUCCCUUUACAGCAACAGGUUCUUGACCUGUUGGCCCAGCUAGUCCAGUUGAGGGUUAACUACUGCCUUCUGGACUCGGACCAAGUCUUCAUAGGCUUUGUCCUCAAACAGUUUGAGUUCAUAGAGGAAGGGCAGAUCAGGAAGUCCGACACACUGAUUCCGAACGUGUUCAACUUUCUGGUGUUGUUGUCCUAUGAGAAGUUCCACAGCAAGCCGGUCAUCACCAUGCCCAAGAUUAUCCAGCUCUGUGACGGAAUCAUGGCCAGUGGUCUGGAUCCCACCACUCAUGCGAUUCCAGCGCUGCAGCCGAUAGUCCACGACCUGUUUCUCCUGCGAGGGGCUAGCAAGUCUGACAUCAGUAAGGAGCUAGAGACGCAGAGGGAGGUCAUUGUGUCCAUGCUUCUCAGACUCAUCAACUUCCAUCAGGCGGUGGACAUGUUUGUGAUCGUGCUACAGCAGUGUCACAGGGAGCAUGAGGAGCGCUGGAAGAGGCUCUCCAGGCAGGUCACAGACGCCCUCCUGCCUGCUCUAGCAAAACAACAGAUUGAUCUGCCCAAUCAGAUGGCCCUGGACGCGGUACACAGAUUGUUUGAGUCUGUUGCACCCAUCGUGUUCAGACCAGUCGACAUACUCCUGAAGGCCUUGCUCAUGAAGCCUGUGAACAUUACAAGCCAGUCCAGUCUGGAGCUCUGGAUGUGCCUGGUGCUGGCAGUCCUACGGGUUCUCAUGGCGCAGACGAAGGAGGAGGUGGUGUUGUCACGGAUACACGAGCUCUCACUGCAACUGCACGUCCUGAAAGUCACAGAUACGGGACUGUCUGACAGGGACAGGACUCUCGUGGCUGCCCUCAAACCGGAGGAAAUCAUGGCUAGAAUCCUGCUGCAAAUGAUUGGCCUCUGCGUGACCAUGAUCAAUGAGGUGACGAUCAAGAAUGGGUCAUGUGACCAGUCAUGUGACUUCCUUUGUCAGCAGCUCUCUCACCUGCUCAUGUACAUCACACACAUGUUCCAGUCAGGCACAUUCCGGCGCGUUGCGGCAUCUUCCAUUCAGUGCACACAGCAGCCUGCGCAGCCCUUCUUCUACUCUGUGAAGGAGAUCAAUGACAACUUCCUGUUGCUAGGUAACAGCCAGCCAACCUUGACCCUUCAGUGGUGCAACGUGCUCAUACUGCUCAACUUCAGUGACCAGGCAUUCUGGAGCGAGGUCGUGAAGACGCCUCGGAAGUAUGUUAUGGCAUCAUCAGCAAGUGAUGGCCAGGAGCAGACGGAUGACGUGUCCUCCCAGUCUGCCAGCCGGGCUCAGCAGAGAUGUAACGAUGAAAUACUCCGGCGUGGAGGGCUCAUACUCUUCUGUGAUUAUGCUUGUGAGAACUUGAAUGACUCUGAACACCUCACCUGGGUCCUCAUCAACCAUGUAAGAGACCUCAUAGAGCUGUCAGAAGAGCCUCCCAUACAGGACUUUAUAAGUGCAAUACACCGCAACUCUGCUGCCAGCAGCCUGUUCAUUCAGGCCAUCCACGCACGCUGGGGCGACGUGCGACACCCCUCUCUCGUGCAGAAGACACUCAAAUGCCUGGACGCAAUCCACCUGUCGCAGAGCGGGGCACUAGUCACGCUGCUUUUGGACCGAUUCCUGCUCACCCACCACCUGUCUGUGGCUCGCACCUGCGACAGUAUUGCCUGCAGGCGUCUCGAGAUACUUUUGUCAGAGUCACCACAGGAGCGAGCCCAGCAGCUGCCCUUGGAUGACCUUGACAAGUUGCUGACAUUUAUGCAGGGGAGGCGACUUACACGUAAGCACGUGCGCCUCGUCUCACUGCUUGUGAAGUUCAGGGAGUCCAUGGCUAACAACAAGCCCUCUCCUCUCAUGCCAGAGGUGCACCAAUUUGCACUUGGCAAGGACCUCACCAUUGAUAAGGAGAGCAACCUGAGGCUGGUACAGAGCCAGUGUCUUGGCCAGGCCCCUGUUGUGGCAGUCAGUGCCUUGGCCCUGGCCCCUGUGGACGCCAGGCAGUGUGCCCUACUACUACAAAACCUUGAGUAUGCAGACAUGCUUACCAUACUCAUGACCAAGGAGUUUCACCUGUCUGUUCUGGCAGAGUGCAUCACACUGGGCGCAAAGCUUUCCAUGCAGACAUACUGUCGUGAGUCUGAACAACCUGCGGCUGGCAGGCAUCAGGGUGACUGGAAGCUUGACCACCUGUUCCAAGCCUCUCAGCUUACUCUGAUGAGGCACAUAAACAAUUUAGUAAACCACCUAACUGUUCCACACGAAAUCCUAAAUUUCAGCGACACAAAGGAUCAGCAAAUGUCAAAAAAUGCGGAGAAAUUUGAGGAUGUUUUGUCAGACAUUAUCUCCUUGGAGACGGUUUUUUGUCUUGCCUCGUCACUUAAGCAGUAUUUGACAUCACUGGCCCUGCUACCUUGGAAACCAAAAGUGCCAUUGGAAUUUUAUAAGGACAUAUGCAGAUUUUGUACAUUUACCAUGGAGUGUGUAGGUUGGUUGCUAGGCAGCGGUUCCAUGCCCUCAGGGGAGCAGCUGUGUACCAGUCUACAGUGUGUGAAUGCGGUGCUGCAGAAUAGGGAACUCUGCGUUGUGAUUGGUCAUACUGAUCAUGUGACCCACGUCUGCUCAAUCACCAGUGCAGUCCACCAUAUUGUGACCUCGUUAUCAGUGCUGCCUGGUCAACAUAUGUGUGUCCACAUCCAGCAUGAAGAGACCCCAGCCAAAACACAACGUAAGAAUGACCUAGACUACCUGACGAGGGCAUGUGACCAGAUAUCAGAGCUGAUGCAGUUUGCCCUAAAGGAUGUGUAUGGUGGCACCAAGCAUGUGAACAACCUUACAGCCUCUCUAGUGUCACUUCUCACUCAGGCCAUUAUAGGUCUUGCCAGACUCCCAGUCCUGAACAGUUUUGCUCGUACACCGCCAGUAGUGUGGAAGAUGGGCUGGAUACCGACACCAAGCGGGGAACCAAAGACUAAGUUACCUCCCUUGCCUAUCGACCUCAUGCUCGAUAAAGAUGUACUGAAGGAGUUUGUGCUUAGAAACAGCAUGAUUGGCUGGAUAUCCCGUCAGCAGUUUGAGGAGACAUGGAUGAGUCUAUUGGGAGUCCUCAAUCCAAGUGAAACUGACAAUGAGAUCUCCCAAGAGGAACACAUGGAGCGUAGUCACUGCAUGGUUCUAGCUGUGCGUGCAAUCACGGCCAUGUUGGUGCAGACCAUGAUAGUUCCAUGUCCAGGUAACCCUACACAGGGCGUCUACGACAUACAGCCACGGGAUAAACCACUGGCAUUCCUCCACACUAGGUGUGGCAAGAAGCUGUCUGUGAUACGAGGGAUCGUGGAGCAGGAACUGCAGAGACUUGCCCAUACCAGAUCAGGAAAGCAUUCAGGUGCUGGUGGGACCAAGUACAUGUUUGAUGCAAACCUUGAACGUGACACCGCUCAUGAUGAAUAUAGUCUUGGACAGGUGUCUAUUGAAUCAAUAUGGUCAGUGGUCGGGAUUCUAGAGCCCAACAUGGAAACCACGGACUCAGAAACCACAGACUCCAUUGAGAGCCCUAACAGAAUGGACACGCCCCUUAGCAACCUGGGCCCUGCCCUAGCAACUAGUCCCUCAGACAGCACAAUCACGCGAGACCAGUCCUUGUCUGAGGCUGGCCUAGACGUGCACUCAUGCCUGCAGUUCCUCCAGGAGCUCUACCGCCAGUGGCUGCUACCUGCAGCCAGUAAUAAGCCUUCCCUGAUGCUUCUCAACGAAAUUAUCAAGUCGGUGGUUUGCCUUUCGGACCUGUUCGCGGAGCGUGAGCAAUUUGAUUGGCUCCUGGACACUCUGAUGGAGGUAUACAAGGUACAUCCCACGGAGGACGAGCUCUCCAUGCAGUACCUCGUGGUAGCUGUGAGCAAGGCUGCGGCUGUAGUAGCAAUGGACGCAUCGACAGCUGAGAAGGUGGUCAAGAUGCUGGACACUAGCCUGCGCAGCACGCACGUUCCCAGUCGAAUUGCGGCGCUGCACGGUAGCCUGUUCCUCCUGGAGGCAAACAUUGCGGAGGUGUCCAAGAGCCUUGUGCCCAUCCUGACUGACUACCUGCUCAAGAACAUCCAGUCACAGUCACAACUGCCAGUGAGCAAUGAGAGACAAAUGCUGACCCUGUGGGCCACGGCGUUCUACCUGUUAGAGAAUUACUACAUGGACGUUCGUGAUACAGACUUCCCAGCCCAGCUUCUACAGCUGUCAGUGUUGGUGUCCUCAAGCAGUGAGGAGAGUGUCUCCACUGCAGUGUACCUCGCCAUCUUCAAGGGUCUAGAGCGACUGCUACUUACGGACGUGCUUACGGCUCAGGACGCGGAGGUCAUUGUGAAACUCAGCGUUGACAGUUUGUAUGUGAGCAGGGACAGGAGCAUGUUUGGACUGUGUUUGUCAAGUCCACAGCGGGCUCUGGCAGCUCUGGGUCUGCUCUUCACCUGCAUGUACUCAGGCAAGCAGUAUGACGGUUACAGCCCCAGGCCCCGUGACCAGGGAGCGUUCAAUAUGGACGAGCCACAGAACCUGCUGCAGGACCCAGAAUCCCUCAUUGUUGCCAUGGAGAGGGUCACUGUGCUGUUUGACAGAAUCAAGAAAGGCUACCCGUAUGAGGCGCGAGUAAUCACGCAGGUUCUCCCUGCUUUCCUGGCAGACUUCUUCCCCGCCCAGGACAUCAUGAACAAGGUGAUAGGAGAGUUCCUGUCCAAUCAGCAGCCGUAUCCUCAUCUGAUUGCCAGGGUUGUGUUCCAGGUGUUCAGUAAUCUUCACGAGCAGAGACAGCAGGUGUUGCUGCGUGACUGGGUGAUGCUGUCCCUGUCCAACUUCACCCAGCGCACUCCCGUUGCCAUGGCGAUGUGGUCCCUCACUUGCUUUUUCAUCAGCGCAUCGACCAACAAGUGGCUACGAAACUUACUGUCAUAUGUCUUGUCCAGAAUGGGUAAAAUAGAUACAAUCGACCGUCGCCUCUUCUGUCUGGCAGCCAAGGAUUUCUACUGUCAGCUGACGGACGACACGUCACGACGAUCGUUCAAGUCCACAUUCCAGACGGCCGCAGCCAGUCAACCGGAACUACCGUAUUCUGAGCUGGUCGACUGUAUUAACAAACUCUAAUUGGCCUUUUUUAGAAGCUAAACUUUGUUUUAACAUGUUCCCGCUUAGAAGCAAAAUGAAAAUGGCUGUAUGCAACCAGCAUUAAACCAGAAAAACUUGCAAGUAAAUUGAAGUCAGUUCAAGUUUUCUGCUGUUUACUGCCCACUAGUUGGAAAUUUAAAUUUUAAAUCUAUUAAGAAAGAUCUUUAAUUUUAUUGGAUUUUCAAAGGGACUGCAAACCGUUUGAAAUGUGCUUUUGAGCAGAAAAGGGGGGUUAAAUUAAGGGGGUCUACAUAUAGAAGUCAUGCUGCGGCCAUCGUUUGCAGCCAUAGUCCAGACAGCUGUAACUAGUCAACAGACACUUCAUUAUUUGAAAUUGACCAACUGCUUUAACAAACUCUGAUUAAUAACUGUCUUUAGUUUAAUUUGAUUGAAAUGACAGUUCUUACUUUACACUCAUAUGUAAUACUUUGUUAAUAAAAAGAUAUUUAUAGAUAAUACUAAUAAAUAUAUAUGUAUACAUGUAGCUAUUAGUAUAGCAUGAUGUAUCUUGAAGUCUCAAUAAGAGGCUGUAUUUACAAGCGCCGUUUUGAGCUCCCAUUGUAAAAUUUUCAUAUCUUAUAAAUACAUGUUAAGAAUGUUAUUUAUAAUCAAAUUUUAUUAAGACUGCAAUUUCCAUCGUUAUAAUACAAAUUGAUUAUGAUUCAUAUUAAUGAUAAUCAUGGACUUGCAUAAUUCAUCAAGAUUAGGAAAUGUUGUAACUGUUGUCAGUUUUGUUGUGAAACACAAGUUGCAUUACUUUGUUACAUAUUUUUCAGUCACAUAGGUAACUUUAUUUUUGUGUCACCUCUUUACAUGUUUAUUAUAUUUAUGUUCAAAUUAAUUAGCACCGCUACAUUUGAAGCUUCUGACAUUUUCCUACAAAAUUGCUUAACUGUAUUGCUUGUCUAUAAUUGACCAGGGGAUACAUUGUACUGAAUGAUCAUGUGUAUAAUUGACCAGUGGAUGCUUUGGACUGAAUGAGCAUGUGUAUAAUUGACCAGGGGAUUCUUUGGACUGAAUGAUCAUGUGUAUAAUUGACCAGGGGACACUUUGGACUGAAUGAUCAUGUGUAUAAUUGACCAUUGGAUACUUUGGACUCAAUGAUCAUGUGUAUAAUUGACCAGUGGAUGAUUUGGACUGAAAGAGUAUGUGUAUAAUUGACCAGGGGAUGCUUUGGGCUGAAUGAUCAUGUGUAUAAUUGACAAUUGGAUACUUUGGACUCAAUGAUCAUGUGUAUAAUUGACAAGUGGAUACUUUGGACUGAAUGAUCAUGUGUAUAGUUGACCACGGGAUACUUUGAACUGAAUGAUCAUGUGUAUAACUGACCAUAGGAUACUUUGGCUGAAUGAUCAUGUGUAUAAUUGACCAGUGGAUACUUUGGACUCAAUCAUCAUGUCUAUAAUUGACCAGUGGAUACUUUGGACUGGUUGAUCACGUGUAUAAUUGACCAGUGGAUACUUUGGACUGAAUGAUCAUGUGUAUAAUUGACCAGGGAAUACUUUGGACAGGAUGAUCAUGUGUUUAAUUGACCAGUGGAUUCUUUGGACUCGAUUAUCAUGUGUAGGUGUUUGUACGUCCGUGUCUGAGGCUGCAUUUUCUAGGGCCCUGGGUGUGUCCCAGCAUUCCUGUAUAAUUUACUUAAUCGACUCACGCAAGAUUGAUUUUCUGCAAACCCGUGAACAAACAACCGAUAUGAGCGGUAAUGGUUUAUAGUAUUUUAAAGAUUUCAAAUGACCUAUAACAGCACAACUGUACAUGUGAAACUUCAAAAAAAAUGUCCGUACCUUCUUGCAUAUUAAUUGUUUUGGUUGUCUCCAUAACAUUGUUAUUAUAUAAGUGUGUGUAAGUGGGAUGAGUGGAGUGCAUGAUGGGAUGGGAACCAGAACCGUUCUGGAACAAAUUAAUACAAUUGUGUUGCUCUGGAUUUUACAUGCAUAAAAUGGGUCUGUAUUAACCAAUCCUCGUUGGUACCAAUUUAUUUAUGUCACUUGUUAACUGAUAAUUACCGUAAUAGAAUAACAUUGUUAUUAUGAGAGGUGGUGAAAUCCCUUUCAGAUGUACAUUUUAGGCGUUUUUAGAGUUGAACAAUGUUGAACAUAUUCAUUGUUUGGUUUUUAAUAUGAACAAGUGCUUUACUAAGUCUUAUAAGAGCAAAAUCAGUUCUGUUAAUUGCAAAGAAAUAUUUGAGGAAACUGUACAAAAACUGUAACCAAAAAACGCAUAUUAUGUAAUCGUGUUGUUGUUGUUAGUCCCCUACCGGUUUCACCGGAGGGGACUUAUAUGGUUUGCGCUCCGUCUGUCUGUCAGUCAGCCAGUCAGUCCGUCACACUUUUCUGGAUCCUGCAAUAACUUUGAAAGUUCUUAAUAUUUUUUCAUGAAACUUGGAACAUGGAUAGAUGUCAAUAUGGACAUUAUGCACGUCAUUUCAUUUCGUUCCUACGUCAAAAAUUCUGGUUGCUAUGGCAACAAAUAGACUAGAAAUACUGCUGAAAAUGGUGGUUUUCUGGAUCCUGCGAUAACUUUUAAAGUUCUUAAUAUUUGUUCAUGAAACUUGGAACAUGGAUAGAUGGCAAUAUGAACAUUAUGCAGGUCAUUUCAUUUUGUUCCUUCGUCAAAAAUUCUGGUUGCUAUGGCAACAAAUAUUAAAAAAAUAUUCUGAAAAUGGUGGAAUUUCUGACAAUGGUGGAGCAGAUAGGGGACUUAUAUUGCUUGACAAUAGUCUUGGUUUUGUUGUUACUGUAAAUUUAAGUAGCAAGUGCUCAUGUUUUAAAUAUGUUAAUCUUUAAUUAUAGAUAUUUGCAUGAUUGUACAUGUGUAUUAUUUUAAUGUAAAUUACACCAGUAAAAUACGAGAAAUGCAAUUGGACACAUAUGUCUAGUAUAUGGCUGUUGCUGAUUAUUCACGAACCAUGCAUAUGGUAAAUAAUUAAGAGAAAAAACAGCACUAUGUUGAUGUUUGUCUUUGAUGCUUUAGCAUGCAUUUAUAUCAUUGUGCAUACUAUAUUCUUAACAAUAUUAAGAUGUUAAAACAUAAUUUGUAUGUUAUUGUCAUAAUUUUGUUUUCUUUGUGAUCUUAUUUAUUUCUACAAUUAAUAAAUGCUGCAAAAUAA